GCUGAUCUUCGGCACCCUCUAUCCCGCAUACUCCUCCUACAAGGCCGUGAAGACGAAAAACGUGAAGGAAUAUGUGAAGUGGAUGAUGUACUGGAUUGUGUUUGCAUUUUUCACCACUGCAGAAACGCUCACAGACAUUGUUCUUUCUUGGUUUCCCUUUUAUUUCGAGCUGAAAAUAGCAUUUGUGAUUUGGCUGCUCUCCCCUUACACCAAGGGCUCCAGUGUCCUCUACAGGAAGUUUGUGCACCCAACGCUCUCCAAUAAGGAGAAGGAAAUUGAUGAAUACAUUACUCAGGCUCGUGACAAAAGCUAUGAAACCAUGAUGCGAGUUGGCAAGAGAGGGUUAAACCUUGCUGCCAACGCAGCAGUUACUGCAGCUGCAAAGGGCCAGGGAGUUUUGUCUGAGAAGCUGCGAAGUUUCAGCAUGCAGGAUCUCACUCUGAUCCGAGAUGAAGAUACCGUGCAUAUGCGAAGCCAUGAGCCGCAGCUGCACCCCUCUGGUGGGAGUCUUCUUGAAACCAUUGAGGAUUCAGCUUCCUGUUACUCCUCAGGAGAGGAGAGCAGUGUGGCACUGAGGUCUAAUGGAACUCCGUCGGAGACUAGAACAGACCCAUCAGAUGAAGAUGCAGGAGACAAACUUCCUAAACGUACCCAGAGUCUCAAAACUCCUAAGAAGAUGGUGAAAGCUGAGCUUCCAGUAAGAAGUGUGAAAGCCCGCCCUAAGAAGAAAGCUGCAGGUCCUCUUGCUUCUGGCGAGUCAUCCUAAGGAGACCUCUCCCUCCCCAGCACCUGUCUCUGUCCUGGAAUUUGCCUUUCACUUUUGAGGGGAAACUCCCCAAAGGAAGGGAGCUGAGAUUAAUGUACAUAACAGAUACUGCUUUGUAGAGCUAAUUCCAAGGCAAGGGGGAGGCUGGGAUUCAGAAAAUGGAGUAGAGGGUACACAUCCUCAGGUAUUCUCUCCUUUUCAUCUCUCUGUUGGAGGGAAUGCUGUUAUGUCUGUACAUAGCCUGUUGCUUUGGAAUUUCUACUGUGUAACCCUAGUUGGGGAGAAUCUUUGCUGGAAGAACUGACUAGGGUUAGAGACAUCCAUUGCACAGAAGCUGG